GUCGGUUGUCACUUCCCGAAAUCUGAAACCAGCGAAGCACAAUUCAUCACACAGGGAUCAGGCUUGCAUCGAAGAGCGUGUCAUGAAUGACUACACAGUCGUGUUGAGAUCAGCAAGAUCACUCUCCUCGUAGCUGUGGCCCAAGACUCUCUUUUCUUAUUGUUACAAAACUACUCAACGCAAUGAUAAGACAUGAGGCGAAGUUGACUUACUGCUUCUUCUUCUACAAGUUCCCCGCCACUGUCGCCCCCUGGUAGUCAGACUUAGGCGCACUCCCUUCCUGCGUCGUCUUGAGUCUCUACGGAGUAAAAGCAGGCUGAUCCUGUUCCACCACGCAAUCACGAGCCGCAGCAUAAGGUCUUCCUUGCACAUUUUCUAACUUUGAGUCUCUCUUCUCUCUUUCUCCCUCUCGUUGUCUCUCGUUCUUUAGCGAUUUUUGGUUCUAUGCCCGCCAUAUGUCCCAAUCCUCCCACCGCUCGAAAGCGCCCAGUCGGAGCGUCAACAGCCUGCGAAACGGGGAUAGGGUGUCUAGAGAGUCCUCCAGGGUUCGCAGAAAAUCCAUCAGCAUAAAUGAUGCCUAUCUGUAUGCGUUAAGGGUUGCCUAUCUCUCCUACUUGCUUCAGCCUCGUACGUUCCGCAAGAAACAUGUCGAAAACAGACCUGCCGUCCACCGCGCAACCACUUCCUCCUCCUUCCAUGACUUGAUGAACGAUUUCACCAUUGUGCGAGACUCCAAAAGUACAAGGUUUCCUCAUGACUUUAUCAAAGAGCUGGAGAAGAGGUUGCAAGGUAUCCUCAUUGGCAAAGAGAGGCGCCCGGAAUACCAAGAUGCGGUGGUCAAGCGGACCUUCGCCAUUUUCCUCAACACACUGUCGGACCCUUCGUUCAAAAAGCGGAUGGAUGCGGAUAGAAGAGUUGAGGACCUGGUAUUGAUCUUCUUUUCUAACACAACGAAAGAGCUGCAACGUGGAAAGCCACCUGGUGACGACGGGGUGAAGCGUAUGGUCGACCGUCAUGUUGCGCUCUUCGUCCGCCUUUUGAGUCUCAUACUGAAAGACCGAGACUGGGCAAAGGAUAAGCCUGAGUUGGCGUCCCGAUUACAGACGUUCGAGUCGAAGCUGCUCAAAGGAGAUGAAAAUCUGGCUGCCGCACAAAUCAACGGACAGAGCAGUGUGGUGGAAGAAAUGGUGCCGCUCAGCUAUGAUAUCAAGGACAUGCCUUUGGUACAGGUGGUCGGGCGAAUCUUCGGCUUGACCAACACCAUGAUGAAGUCAGACAUCGACAAACACAAACAUGUCUGGACCGAAAAAGCGGCGCUUCAAGAUUUGAAGACAUACCAGCAACACCUCAACCUUGGCACCAAAUUGACUCUCAAUUCCGGCGAUUUCGACACUCAAGAAGCAUACGAAUUCUGGAAAAAAACCGAAGGGCCAGAUCUUUCUCAGCUUAUGCUUGCGAUUGUACAAGCAAAUCCCGACUUGGCUAAAAGCACUCCAGGCGGGAGCCUGCCACAAUUCAAUCCUCAAGGUGCUGGCCCCAUUUCCACGGAGUCUCACUAUGCAGAAGUAUCGAAACUUCUCUCCAAUGACUCCUCCUCUUAUGUCCUAGAUCUGCCGGCAGAUCUGGGCUCGCUUGAUUUGAAUGCGGAAUCGGCCCAGCGCGAAAGUGAACCAGGCCACGUUUAUACUUUUAUACCCUCAGAUGCCAGAGCCAUGUUUCGAACGAUAAUGCUGCAGGCUCUCAAUCACGACCUUAACGAUGAUACGAAUGAUGGAGCAAAUGGUCAAUUGUUUUCGAAAAAGACCACAGAGUUGCUCAACGAGAUUGCUUUGAGAUGGCGAAUACCCAAGUUUACUCGAAUUGUACUUUUUCUGGAUGUUGUCCGUGAGAAGUUUGUGGAACAGGCCAUUGGGUUGGAAAUGCUGGACGGGGCCUUCAAUUAUGUGAAGGAGCCUCUGCAAGAUGAUUCCAAAAACAAGAGAGCAUCCCUCAUUAUGAGUUCGGUCCUCUAUGAUCGAUAUAAUUGGACGAUAUCCGACUUUGCCUUGAUGGGCAAAAUACUCAGUGCCCUACAUGAGGCACUGCUUCGAGACCUUUACGAGACAAUCAUGACCUCCUUUGCAGACAAGGCUCAUUUGCCAAAACUGGGUAUGAUUAUGGCUAUUAUUGACGAACACAUCAAAAGUGAUCCCAACUUUGCACAAAAUGCGGAAGAUUUUCAAAAUUUCAAGAAUGCAGCCAUUGAUGGUCUUGCAGCUGAAGCUCGAAAAUUAUAUGACAAUCUUCUCGACAAGGAGCUGCCUCAAGAGAACGAAAAAUGGGAGUUUUACCACAUUCAGCAGGUGGCAACUGGUGUAUUAAAACUUGCCGAGAAAGUUCAGAAGAGGUUUCGAAAGAAUCCAGAGAUCUUUGGCAUCAAUCCUCUGAUGAUUCUACUCAAUUGCACCCUUCCAGCGUUUGCAGAGGAUUCGAAGGCGAUAGUUGAAUCAGUACUCAACACUGCUCAGAGGAAUCAAGUAGACAUUCCCAUUCAAGACGGAUUCGACCUCUACAAGGAGCUUAGCGAAUUUCGACGAGUUCACGCCGAUGCUCUACCGCAUCGUCCAUUCCCGUACAAGCUGGAAGAUCUACUGGCAGACUUUGUCUGGAAAUGGAUCCGUACUACCGAAGAACAAGUCAUUGGUUGGGUUGAAGGUGCAGUCAAACAUGAUACGUUCACCAUGAGAACCCAAAACCCGGGCCAGGUACCGACUGAGGAUGAGCGUCAUUCAACGUCGGUCAUGGAUAUCUUCAGCUCUUUCAAUCAGAUUAUCGAUCAAAUAGGCCAACUUAACUGGGACGAUGACUUGACAUAUGCGAAGUUUCUCACAGCUGUCUCGAAGGCGAUAGGCAAUGGUGUCUCGAGGUAUUGUGAAUUGUUGGAUCAGAUGUUCAGUAAAGAGAUGGAUCGACUGACCCCGGAACAAGAAGCCGCUGCCAACAUGACCAGACAGGAGAAAUGGGUACAACUGGCAAAAGACACAUGGAACAACAAAGAAAGAGUGGAGCCUUUCCAGUUUUACCCUCAAUCUUUUGUGAAAUUGAACAACAUCUCUUUUGCCAUCCAGCAGUGGGACAAACUCGAGCAGGAAGUCAAUGUUGACGCAUGUGCCGAGGUAAUAAAGAAGUAUGCUCCUCCCGCUGCUCAACGGCCUCGGAGGACGACGAAUUAUGUAUUCACCAUCAAGAUUGUAGAGGCCGAGGACCUGAAAGCUUGUGAUGUCAACGGGUUCAGUGACCCGUAUGUGGUUCUGACCGACGAGUAUCAGAAGCGACUGUCAAAGAGUAGGAUCAUCUACCGAAAUUUGAACCCGCGCUGGGACGAGUCAGUUGACAUUACGACGCAAGGCCCUUUGAACCUCAUCGCUACCAUCUGGGACUGGGAUGCAGUUGGUGACCACGACUAUGUUGGACGAACCUCCCUCAAGUUGGACCCAUCACAUUUCAGCGACUUUCUGCCUCGCGAGUAUUGGUUGGACCUCGACACUCAAGGUCGACUUAUGGUUCGUGUAAGCAUGGAAGGUGAACGAGAUGACAUCCAAUUUUACUUUGGCAAGGCCUUCCGAACCCUGCAGAGAACUCAACGAGACAUGACGAGGAAAAUCACCGACAAGCUGUCCGCCUAUAUCAAUCAUUGUCUCUCUCGACGAGCGCUGAGAUCUCUCCUCAACCGUGGCAUAUCCAUUUCAACAGUCUCCAGCUAUUUUGCGCGGAACCGUGCUUCAGUGAUGCCAGCAUCAACAAUGCCAACCGACGCCGAGAUCCUCAACGCCCUCAAGCCCCUGUUUGACUAUUUUGACGACAAUUUUGCUAUAAUGCAGCAAACUCUGACUGGGGAAGCCAUGAUUGCUGUGAUGACACGGAUCUGGAAAGAAGUGCUGGUGACUGUUGAAGGUCUACUUGUACCUCCUUUGUCCGACAAACCAUCACAGCAGAAGGCUUUGACGCAACAAGAACUUGACAUUGUCUUCAAAUGGUUACAAAGCCUCUUCGAGUUCUUCAACGCUGUGGACGAAGAUACUGGUGAAGCCAAUGGUGUACCGUUGAAUGUCUUGAAGAAUCCAAAAUAUCAUGAGCUCCAAAUGCUGAAUUUCUUUUAUUUCGAGCCGACCGACAGUCUCAUCCGAGAGUCGGAACGUAUGGCAUCCGCGACCGCCGCGAGUCAGCAAAUGCAGCGCUCGAGGUUUAGUGCACCAGCGAACCUGGGAACCAUGGGCGGUGGUGCGCUGCUCAACCCGGGCGGCAUCGCGGGUGCAAGACGUGCUAAGAGCAUCAUGCUUUCGAGGAACUUGGGGACCAUGCGCAAAGCCAAGGAGGAGAAGUGGAAAGCUGCACAAGCCGAUCCGAACGAUGAUAUGAUUCUACGCAUUCUCCGAAUGAGGCCUGAAGCAACUGGCUACCUCAGAGAUCGAUCACGACAAAAGGAACGUCUUGCGGCUGCCGCGGCAGCAGAGAUGAUUGUACGACAGAGUCUACUUGCCGGUGGUGGUAGAAUGACGGGUCCGAGCGUGGUGAGAAGAUGAAUUGACUUUUCAGGGAGAAGUGUUGUCUUUUUUUCUUCAUUCACAAAUCCAUCUGUCUAGCUGGUUAGGGUUCUGUUGAACCGCUUUGGGGGAGGAUUAUUUUGAUUGAAGGAUGGAUAUUGUUUUGGGGAUUUAUGAAUGAUGGGCAUGGAUAGGGGUCAUGAAUCAUGGAUUAGCACUAUGGACGUUAUAGGAGUAGUUUGAUCAAGGAGACAGGAGAGUAGCGUCAAGCUUUUGAUUAAUGAUGACUG